AAUUGAAAUAAAGUAAAUGAAAUGUGAAGCUUAUUAUGUGUUAUUUUUAAUUUUACUUAUAUACAAUGCCGUCAAUGCCUUCAAGAUCAAUAGAAGGUCGUCUUCUGUACCAAGAAACAUAUUACCUAAAAUCGCACAUUUUCAAGGUACAAGACCAAACUGGAUUGCAGAAGAUGUAAACAUCGCAGAUGUGUACUCAUUAUGGACUAGCUUCCUUCAUGGAAUAGUGAUUAAUCAACGAAACAGUACACCGGUUUGGAUGGAUCACAAUGAAGAUGUGCAAGAUUCCGCCGAUAAGAAACCACUAAGGAGCUUAAAAGACCUAUCCAAAAUAGAAAUCAUGCCUCUAAAACAGCCUACAAAAAAGAAGACAACAAAAAAGUGGAAGAAUAAUAAAUCUGAAGAUGCAGAAACCGUUAUACCCCGUUUACCUGCAGGAGAGUUUAAGCCUAAACAAAGCUUGGGGCAGAAUUUCAUAAGUGACCUCAAUAUAAUGAAACGAUUGUGCAACUCUUUUGACCAAGAUGAAGGCGGUCACCCAGAUGGGCGACAAGUAAUUGAAGUGGGAGCUGGAAUAGGCUCAUUGACGCAUAUUCUUUACAAAAAAUACCCUAAGAUGAGCGCUAUUGAGAUUGAUGCUAGGGCCAUUAGUCAAUUGAGUCGCAACCUCCCUGAUCUAGAUGUAAUUCAUGACGACGUUUUACAGGUAGAUUACGAUGCAGUGAGCAAGGCUAAAGGAUGUAAACUGUGGAUCAUUGGCAAUUUGCCAUUCUAUAUCACAAGUCAGAUAUUGUUCUGUCUGGUUGACUACAAAAGGGUCAUCGACACUGCAGUGGUAACAGCACAGUGGGAAGUUGCACAACGUAUUGUAGCUCGUCCAAAUCAAUUCGAAUACUCCAUACUUAGUGUAGUGCUCCAAUUGUACGCUAAACCUAGUCUGUGUUUUAAAAUUCCAAACUACGCGUUCUACCCUGUGCCCAAGGUAGACUCCGGAGUUAUUCGACUGGAAUUUAAAAAUAAAACCAACCCGGAAUGCGCCCCGCUAGUGUUAAAACGUAUACUGCGUGACAGUUUUAACCAACGUAGGAAAAUGCUGAAAACCAGUCUGCGAACGUGUCUGGAUCAGUUGGAAAUCCCCAAGUUACCAUCCGAACUGGAAGAUAUUAGACCGCAACAAUUACCACCAGAAGGAUUCGUAGCACUAUCUAAAUGGAUAGAACGCCAUGGUAACUUCAGUGGUACAAACACCCGUUACGGCUUGCACGACAACAAACGAAUGUCGUCUCCAAUGGGCAUGGAGUCACUUGAACCACACCCAGACCGUGUAUGGCGUCAGUUUAAACAUGGAGAAAAGUAAUUGCACUGUCUAGUUUAAUA